UGACACUAGUUAAUUUGAAUGUAACGUUGUCAUAUUUUAUCCAACUGAUUCAUGAUGGUUCAAGAGCCUUUGCUCACAACACGAGGCAUGUUUGAACAUCAUUGCAAAAAUUGACGAAAAAUAUGCUUCCUAGAACAUCCAUCCAUACGACCCAUAACGAAAGAUCUCAACUUUUUUAGGAAGGAGUGUGAUGCCAAUACACCCACUAAUUGAUAUUGUUGAAGGGAUCGAGGUUUAUGUUGGAAGACACACUAGAGAAGCCCACCAAGCCUCUGGUACAUGGGCAAAUCUUCUUUCACCGUGUGGGUUGAAAGCGACGAGAACUCCAGAAGCGGCGUGCCUCCACAAUACAAGACCAACAAAAACUUGGUCUUUAUUUGCUUUCAAGUUCUGUCCACUGGUGUCAUCUCUUCUAUUGUAAUUGUGGCUCUACCGCUAGUGGGUAUAGGAAAGCGAAAGCACUUUUAUUUCRGAGCUUAGUCGGUACUGUUGGUGCYCUGUGCUCGGGGCAUUCAUGGAGGAUUUGCAGAGUUAUUUGAACGACCGUGGGUUAACAGUUACUAUUUUGCCGGAGAAGGGCCGGAGCCUCUUUACCACCAGGGUUUUCCAUCCGGGAGAAGAAAUAAUUAGCCAAGAACCUUAUGUUUGUGUCCCGAAUAACUCAAAAGUCGAGUCAAAAUGCGACAGAUGUUUCACAUCAGUAAGCCUUAAGAAGUGCUCAGCUUGCAAAGUUGCAUGGUAUUGCAGUAGUAUGUGCCAGAAGUUAGAAUGGAAAUGGCAUCGUCUUGAAUGUGAUGCUCUCGCAAGGCUUGACAAGGAUAGGCACAAAUCUGUUACUCCAUCUAUAAGGUUGAUGAUCAAACUCUUUAUUCGGAGAAAAUUGCAAAGUGAAAAGGUCAUACCUACGACUGCAACAGACAAUUAUAAAUUGGUGGAGGCACUAAUAGAUCACAUGUCUGUCAUAGAUGAAAAACAAUUGGUGCUGUAUGCUCAGAUGGGAACUCUUGUGAAUUUCAUCCUGCAGUGGCCAGAAAUUAACGUAAAAGAGAUAGCAGGAAACUUUUCCAAGCUUGCGUGUAAUGCACAUACCAUAUGUGACAGUGAACUCAGACCCUUAGGAACUGGACUAUAUCCUGUAAUCUCCAUUAUAAAUCAUAGCUGCUUGCCCAAUUCUGUUCUGGUAUUUGAGGGAAGAUCUGCUGUAGUCCGUGCUGUACAACACAUACCCGCAGGUGCUGAGGUGUCGAUAAGUUACAUUGAAACUGCUGGAAGCACUAUGACUCGGCAAAAGGCGCUUAAAGAAAACUACUUUUUCACUUGCACUUGCUCUCGAUGCGCUAARGUUCAAGUAGAUGAAAUCAAAGAAAGUGCAAUUUUGGAGGGUUACAGGUGCAAAAAUGGUCAAUGUGAUGGUUUCCUGCUCCAUAAUUCUGAUGACACUGGAUUCCUGUGCCAGCAAUGUGGACUCCUUCGAAAUAAGGAAGAGUUAAAAAAUAUUGCUAGUGAAAUAAAAUCGAUAUCAGAUGAAGCUUUUACUUCUAUGUCUUCCCACAAUCAUGCAGAAGCUUUAUGUAUGYAUGAAAAAGUUGAGAAACUCCAAAGGAUAUUAUGCCAUCCUUGUUCCAUCAGUUUGAUGCAAACUCGAGAAAAGCUUCUCAAGAUUUCGAUGGAGCUAGAGAAUUGGACAGAAGCUCUAGCAUACUGCAAAUUGACAAUUUCCGUCUAUCAGAAACUAUACCCAGGGUUCCAUCCGUUGCUUGGAUUGCAGUUCUAUACAUGUGGGAAACUAGAAUGGCUACUUGGGUAUACAGAGGAUGCUGUAAAAUCUUACACCAACGCAUUUGAUAUACUGCGAAUUACUCAUGGAACUAAUUCAAGUUUCAUGAAGGAGCUGUUGCUAAAGUUGGAGGAAGCUCGUGCUGAAGCUUCUUAUAAACUCUCAUCUAUGGAUGAGUAGACCCACCAUUACUUUUAAAUGGUGAGUUCAGAUCCACGUUUCAUAUAGAACCUUUGGUUAUAACUUCUGCUUCAUGUCCUAGAUGCAAAUUAUGCCCACCUGUGCCUCAGUUCCCUUCAUUUCUCACAGUGAAGUCUGGAUGAUAAUUCUUUGAUUGACCACAUGAGAAGGUUGACCUCGUUUUCAAUCUUGUCUGUCUUAUUAUCUGUGUUAUUAAGAUGUGGGGAGUGAAGUUCAAGGAGGUGUACUUAUAUACCAAGUUUGAAGAGAGAUUUCCGAAGUAUUGGGACCAACAUGCACUAUCAAAUUCAAAGUUUUCCAGCCAAUGACAUGAAGAACAGAAUUAGGUUCCACCAGCUUGAACAUUCUUGUUCCUGACUUCAUCAUUUUACUGAAAGUUAAACCUAAUACUAGUUUUUGUGCUGCACAAUGUGGAAGUACUGCAUCUCAGAAAGGGAAAGGUUGCUGGAGCCAUAUAACUAUUUAGGGUUCAUUUUGUUCGUUCAAGAACUUCUUUUCGACCAACAAAAAUGCGUUCCUUUUUAAAACAAAAUAUAAAGGGAGAACASGAUUGCAUUCUUUGAAUCCUUUGUUUCUGAAAAUACAUUUGGUUAUUGUUUUGAAAAUGAUUAUAGAAGUCAAAACAUAUGAAAAUGUGAUUGGCAUGCUUGGUCUAGUUAAUUUCAUUAUGUAUUUAUAUAUCUACUUUGACUAUGGCGUUGACAAAAGGACAGAGUUAUAUUGUUGCUACUUCAUUAAAAUUACCAUGGACUUUAUAAUGUA